CUCUACCUCUGCUUACAACAAUGUCCAUAAGAGCUUCCAAGGCUGGAUUUGUCUUGGGACUAGUACUACGACAAUCUAACCUGUGGCGAAGGACUCUCGUCACCAGUGCACCUGCGGUCCAGUCGGUAUGGUCCGCCCUGGAUGUGGAACUCUUGACCGACUCCACCCCAACUUCUACACCCCCUUCCUUUUCCUUCCUCGAAGUCGAGUCUGCUGACUAUCGCGCAGCCGCCAUAUCUCUACCUCCUCGGCCCCUGACGCAACGUCCCAUCCCUUGGCCCACCCUCUUCCCCCAGGCUCACCCUUCUACCCCUCCCACAAAACACAUUCAGCCGAUGAGAUGCGACUCAAUCGUCCGACAUGUCGCUUCCGGUGACCUUGCAGCCGCUCGAGCAGUAUACGAUGAUUUGCGUAGGCUUCAAAUACCAACACAUGCUCGUGCUGUGUAUCUAUCAGCUGCGACCGCUUGUCUUGAUGCCAAUCCUCCCGACAAAGACGGCUUCCUCUUCUGGCUCAAUCUCAUCCCAAAUCGUCCGGCCACCAGAUCUCACCCAUCCCUCAAGACCACCUGGAAGCCCAUCGUCGAACGUAUCUCCGAGAUUCUUGGACGUGAUUUCCAAUUUCUUUCACAAUUCCUAAUGCUCGCGGCUAAAAAGGGACUAUUACCGGUAGUUCUCAGACCUUUCAUGAAUUACCUUGUCUUGAACCUUUCGCCUCAACAAUCUGUUAACAUCAUGGGCAAUGUAACUCAGACUUAUAUUAUAAAUACUUCGCCACAAGAGUCGGAGUCAGCUAGAGGACUGAAACAUCGGACUGUCGCCGAAAAGCAAGUGAGUGGAUGGUGGAAUAGAUACAUGAUCGCAAUGGCCUCUGCUGGGUGGACGGACGCUGUCACUGAGCUACUGAAUAACCCACCUUCUUCGGUACAGUGGUCUGAGCCCGCUCGUCAGCGGCUGGAUCAGCUACUGUAUCAUCCACGUGAUGCGGAAGACGAGAACACGGACGACCAGGCUCUGCCGGACGUGCCAUGGCAGCCCCGGAUACUGGCACAGCGGCUUCGGCAUGCCCUCCACCAUCCCCCAUCUCCUACAACACUUGCCACCAUUAUUAGACAUCUCGAAUAUAUCUCUUCUUCUCAUCCCACAAUCCUUCAUCGGUUCAAGUCACGUUUCUGCCGUCCACCCGGAGCUCUAUUCAUAUCCUUAUCAUCACGACAAAACUUAUGGCGUCACGCUCAACUUAUCAGUAUUCGAGCAUCAGGAUCCCACGAGACUGCUAUCUCACACUUCUCUGCUCAUUGGCAAUGGUACGGUUUACCUCUAUCAUUUCGAUCCAUCGUACCGACGUCAACCUCCCUCAAAGCGUUUCCUUCCAUCGACAUCAUCACUUCCAUUCUACCUUCCCUUCUCUCCUGUACUCUCACUUCUGACCUUCGUAGCAGACAUAUGCAAUAUCUGCAACUGGCGCAUGUGCUACCCCCCUCCUGGCGGCCCACAUCAGCGACGCACUCCACCUUCAUUAGAGAAAUAUGCCAUCGCCUGGGGCCUGCGGAGGGAAUCAGUGCUUUGCAUGCGGUCAUCGAUGAGGGGUUCGACCCUGGAUUGCAGAGCUACAAUGUGUUGUUAUGUUCCUUAGCCAGGCGAGGGAAGGAUGAUCAGAUGAUCCAACUUCUGGAGGCGAUGCGAUCCACGGAUUUCGAAGAGGGCUCAAUACAUGGACUCGUCGGGCGACUGCCGUUCCCGAAUGCCAGGACGUAUGACGGCAUUAUCUAUGUACUCGAGAAGAGAGGAGAUAUUGGCCUGGCUGGACAGAUUAAGAGGCUUAAGAGAGAAGACAUAGACAGAUAUAGACAGGACGAGAUGGUUGUUGAGGCUCAACAAUUGUAG